AACCAUUGCACUGGAACCGAGACAUCCUCCAUCGUGGGAAUCUUUCCACAUGACGACCUUUUCUCGACAAAAAGCAAUUCCAACUGUGUCUUACUUUGAUCAUCAAACAACGUGGGCGCACAUGGACGAUAGUUCCGACCAGUGCGAUGCUUUGCACUUCUGCCGCUGAGAUCUGCAGGUGAUGAGGAUCAACGCAUGCUGUCCGAUCUUCCUGCUUUGUCGGCUCCUCCAAGCAAAAAAAGCAAUUUUAAUUUUCGUGUCGGCAUCUAUUCCUGUUAGUCAUGUUUCAACAUUGGCUGGAUGGAGCUUGAAGAAGGUUGUCUCAGACAUAUCGUUGAUGAUUGGACUCACCUCGAAGACAGGUAAGUAUUUUCAUGUAUCUGUUGAUACUCGGUCUGACGUGUUCUCCGGUUACAUUACGAAUAUCACCAUUCCACAGUCACAAGAAUACCAAUAAAGCAGUGAGGGUGGGCCUUGAAAGUCAGAUAGUGCGACACAACAUCAGUAUUCCCUGUUUGGAGGCUGGACUC